AUCGCCACCUCCCCAAAUCAACCGACCAACCUCGGCAAAUCUCUGACCCUGUCUAUAUAAACCCUAAAAGGAAGCAUCUCGCCAAAUCGCUCAAAGAUCCCCAAACCCACUUCAAUUCUCUCUCUUCCUCUCUGCAUUCGUGUGAAAAAUGGCUCGGACCAAGCAGACUGCCCGGAAAUCCACCGGUGGCAAGGCCCCGAGGAAGCAGCUUGCUACCAAGGCGGCCAGGAAGUCCGCGCCGGCGACGGGGGGCGUGAAGAAGCCGCACAGGUUCAGGCCCGGCACGGUGGCCCUCCGUGAGAUCAGGAAGUACCAGAAGAGCACGGAGCUGCUGAUACGGAAGCUGCCGUUCCAGAGGCUGGUGAGGGAGAUCGCCCAGGACUUCAAGACGGACCUGAGGUUCCAGAGCAGCGCGGUGGCGGCGCUCCAGGAGGCGGCGGAGGCCUACCUGGUGGGGCUCUUCGAGGACACCAACCUCUGCGCCAUCCAUGCCAAGAGGGUCACCAUCAUGCCCAAGGACAUUCAGCUUGCUCGUCGGAUUCGGGGCGAGAGGGCUUAAAUUGCUAAUUACUAAGCUCGCUCAGGGUCUUCUCAGCAAUUUCAUGUUUUUGUUGGUAGUUUUUUUUUUCCCCUUUUGUUUUGGGUGGUUGGGUAGGGUGCUGCUGCCGUAAUCUAAUUUGAUCAAGAAAAUCAAAUUGCUUUUGCUCUUAUAUUUCCAUGUUAAUGACAUAUAUAUAUUUUGCCAUCUUCACUUGCCAAUGGAAAAUCAUUCAAUUUUUCAUCAA